AUAAAUCUGUGUUGUAAUUUACAGCCAGGGAGGACUGGAGGGCGGCUUGUGUUUGAGGGGUUGACGGAAGAAUGUAUAGUUAGGAUAAAAUUAAUGUAUAUUUUCUUUCCAGGUGAAUUCGCCCAUCCAACAGUCAGAAGAACAUUCAAGCUCCAAUGAGGAAAAUGACAAUAAUGGAUCUGUCAAGUCAGUGGGUCAUGUACCCGGAAAUCUAGCUGCUAUGGUGCGCACCCAAAAAAAUAAUAUAACGGUAGAUGCUAAAGAUAAAUCACAGACAUCAUCGAAGCCAAAGAAACCUGAUUCCAAGGCACAGACCACUCCUCCUGGGAAUAUUAACUCACUUAAAAAACGAAAUAAAAGAAAAAAUUCAGAAAAGGAACGCAAAAAGGAGACACCAUCACCCAAGGAUGUGGGUCCAUCCAAAUUUACGGAAACAUUUGGGGAAUGUAUUAAGAUCAAAACUGUGUAUGAUACCGCAAAAUCAACAUCAGAAUCACAACAAAGACACAAAUCAACAAAAUCGACGCAAGAAGAUUACAAGCAAUCCAAAACAUACCCAAAAGCUAAGCACCAAAAGCAGCAGCCUGAGUUUGGUAAGAGCAAUUUCCACCAUCAAGACAAAUCUGAAUGUAGAGUUAGUAAAGCAAGCAAGUCCCAUGCAGAACCUAGACCACCCAUGGAAUCAUCUCAGCAAUCACUAUUCUCUACUGAAGUGCCAAAAAAGAUCUCCAAGCCAGCAAGGUCAGAUGUCAUCAUGUCAUCUAAUCCUGCCUCGCCAGUGUUAAUAGACGGAGAUGAAUUUUCGACAGAGAGUGAAUCUGAGAAUCCAGCAGUUCGUCCAGGCAAAAAAAUCCUUAAGGAUAAAAAGCGAAUCCGAAAUCGAAAAUUCACAUUCCAUGAAAACCUAGUCUUAAUUGAGAACCUUGUUCCACAUUUUCACAAGCUCCUUGGAAACAGAGCAGCUGCUACGGAGUCAGCAUGGAAAAACACAAUCUGGAAGCAAAUUGCAGAUGCAGUUACGAGUGUGGGUGUCUCUCCACGAUCAGCAGAUCACGUACGUAAGCGGUACCAGGACAUUCGGCUUCUACUAAGGCGCAAGAUUUCGGAUGAAAACAAGAGCAGAAAAGCAACAGGGGGUGGCCCUGAGAAGAAAACAGUUUACCACCAGUAUGAAGAGUUACUGCGUCCAUACAUAGAUCUAGAUUCCAUUGUUGGCAUCAAGGCUGGUUUUGAUACCUCGAGGCACCAUGAAAACGAGCAACAUAAUGCAGCUCAACACACCUAUCGCCAGCAGAAGCUCUCCUUUAUGGCCAAACUAACUGAACUCUUAGAAGCACAUCUGCCAUCUCCUGGUGAGCAAUCUCAUAAUGCUCGGAAUCUAACCAGCAGCAACCACAGCAGUUUUGUAUGUGAAAGUAUUAUCGAAAAUGAUGCUAAUGAUAAUUUUACUAUUCAGGAUAUGUAAAUGUUAUAAGAAGUACAAUUUUUUUUUUUUAAUACAUUUCACAUAAUUCACAACUGAGUUUGAAUUUAAAGAGCUUGCAAACAUUUGUUCUUUAAAUUUUUACUCAGCACGCAACAUUGUGAAGUCAUAUAUUGCCCAAAGUUGACUGCUAUAUUGAUGCUUUCUCCAGUUAAAUAUCUCAUUUGACCAUGUCGUUGCAGAUCUGUACCAAAUAUGUGUAAUCAACAUGACGUUUGUAUUUGAGUUUUAGAUGUUUCAAUGGCCAUCAUUGAUCAAGCUGGUUGGAUGACCAAUGAAACGUCUUUAGACAGUUAUGUAGCUUUGAUUUUAUUUUCAAUAGAUAUACAAUUAAUGUUAUA